UUGGAAUAAACACUGGAGAGAUCAUGGUGUGGGACCUCAGUAGUAGGGAGAGGCUUGCUGUUAGGAAUUUCAAGGUUUGGGAACUCCAAGCAUGCUCAAUGCCUCUGCAGGCAUCUCUGGCCAAUGAUUAUACUGCAUCUAUCAACCGUGUGAUUUGGAGUCCUGACGGUACCUUAUUUGGUGUUGCAUACUCCAAGAACAUUGUGCACAUAUAUUCCUACCAUGGUGGCAAUGAUGUACGAAACCAUCUACAGGUUUGUGCCACAAUCAAUCAACUGGGAGUCCAUUGAUUUUCUUUUGCUUUG